GAUGACUUUGCUUUCUCGACGGAGAGCGGUACACAAGCCUAUAUAUUGUGUGCGUUCAGCGUUAAACAUUCAGUCUCAAUUAAGGAGCGCCAAGAGCGAAGAUGCGUUAGUUUCGUGAAUCUGCGAUCGAAUGUGGACACAUCGAAUGACAUCUCAUCAAACUGGCAAUAAAUUCCGUUUCAUAACUUCGGUGCAUCUCAGACUCUCACCACUUAUUCAUUAUCAAGUGAUUCACACAUGCACAUGCUACACGCGAAGUCGUAAGGGAUAAAUACAACCAGUAGAUCCACAAACAGGAAACGAACCAUGCUUGGUAUGAUAUUUGAGUCAGUAUUCUUCAGCUGGCUGUCUAUUGCCACGCUUCUCACUUAUUUCAUCUACUGGUAUUCCACAUCUACCUUCAACUACUGGAAGGAGAAAGGCAUACCUUACCUCAAACCAACACCUGGGUUUGGCAACACAAGACGGAUGUUCUUCAAGACUUCAUUUGCUGAGCAGUUUAAGAUAUUCUAUGACAAAUUUGAUGGCGAACGAUUCUGUGGAGUGUUUCAGUUCCGAUCGCCAAUCCUUGUGGUCCGAGACCCAGACAUUAUCAAACUUGUAAUGGUAAAGGAUUUCCCAUACUUUCAGGACCGCCGAGUUUCAUUCAACGAAAAGAAGGAGCCCCUAAGUGCCCACCUCUUGAAUAUGAGAGGCAACCAGUGGCGCAGACUUCGUGCAAAACUUACGCCAACAUUCACUUCUGGAAAAAUGAAAAUGAUGUUCAGCUUGAUGAAUGAAUGCGCAGAGGAACUCACAACCUUUCUAGAAGUACAUGCUUCAAGAAAUGAAGACUUAGAAGUAAAGGAAGUCAUGGCAAAAUUUACGACGGAUAUUAUCGGCAGCUGUGUCUUUGGUCUAAAAUGUAAUUCAUUGAAGGACCCAGACUCUGAAUUUAGAAGCAUGGGACGUAAAGUUGUAGAGCCUUCUUUAAAUAAUGUCGUAAGGCGGCUGCUUAGUUUACUGGUGCCUAUACUUGGUAUCAGAGUUCUACCUUGGGAAGUCACUCAGUUCUUCAUAUCAGCUGUCAGGGAGACAAUAAAGUACCGGGAGCAGCACAACAUAGUACGUAAUGACUUCAUGCAGCAACUUAUUCAACUGAAGAACCAAGAACAGGUUCGAGAUGAUGAAAUACUUGACAAGGGAAACCUCAAAAAGGAAUUUUCUACAAAUGGCAUAUCCUUGCCAACAAAAAAUGGGGAGAAUGUGGCAGAAAAUAUAGUUUUUACUGACAGCAGACUGGCAUCUCAAGCAUUCAUAUUUUUCUUGGCUGGGUUUGAAACAUCAUGCACCACACUGAGCUUCUGUUUGUAUGAGCUAGCUGUGAACCCAGAUAUUCAAACCAAACUCAGGGAAGAGGUAGAUGUCACACUUCAGAAGUUUGGAGGGAUCACAUAUGAUGCUGUUCACAGCAUGAGAUACCUCAGUAAAGUGAUAGAUGAGACUCUACGCAAGCAUCCUCCUGCAGCAAAUAUAACCCGUGUCGUGACUCAGCCAUACACCAUACCAGAAACUUCUGCAGAACUCGAAAAGGGCAUCAGAGUUGUCAUACCAGUAUAUGCCAUACAUCAUGACCCACGUUACUACCCAGAACCUGAUCGGUUUGAUCCAGAACGCUUCUGUGAGGAAGCAAAGUCUUUAAGACCUCAUUUCACAUAUUUGCCCUUUGGAGAAGGACCAAGGAAUUGCAUUGGGAUGCGUUUUGGAUUGCUGCAGACAAAAGUAGGCGUUUCUGUUCUUCUAUCAAAUUAUGAGUUUAGUGUGUGUGAGAAGACAAAACAGCCUCUGGAUCUGGACCCAAAGUCUUUCAUCACAUCAGCAAAAGGUGGCAUAUGGCUGAAGAUAAGCAGACGUUCAUCACAAAAAUAAAGCAUUAUCACAGCUGAUGACAACUAUUGGUAUAAAACAUUUUCCGGAAUGUAUUAGGAACAAAGUUGCUGUUCAUACUAAAACAGAUUCAAUAUUGACAUUUAACAUGAAUAUAAUACAAAUGAAUUUUAUCCCUCAUGACAGGGUAAGAACAGCACAGAAAUAUGAGGUUCCUGCAUUAAAAAGAGCUUUCUACUUCAUAGAAUUUCGAGCUUUGAGUAUUUAGUAUGAGACUAGUUACACCUAAACUCCAGUCUGUGAACCAUUAUUAGCUAUGUGGCACAUGACAGAAAAUAAAAUGGAUUUUAGCAAUAUUAUGCACAAUCUGUUUUAUUUUUUAUUUGUUUCAACUUUCUCUAUGCUGAUCUUUCUAUACCUGCUUAUUUAAUUAUACAUCUAAUAUCAAAAUUACUGAAUCUUAACAACAUAGUUGGCUUAGAAAUUGGUAAAGCAUGACACCAACAGAAGUUGUUAAAUAUUUUUCUGAAAUGUUUGCACCUAACUUACAAUGUUAGCAUUAUUAUUUUCUGACAAUAAAACAAUUUGUGUUACAAUUUUA